CUAAUAAGAGUCGUGCUGAUCAUCUGAUACGGUGACACAAGGCAUCAGCUGAGAGGAUGCUGCUGAUGUCACUCUGCUAGGCGCACGCGCUGCGAACCUCAACACAGCAAACAGGGUAACGUUAGUGAGUUCACUGGAGGAUGGCGUUUGUGAAGAGCGGAUGGCUGCACAGACAAAGCACCAUCUUGCGGCGCUGGAAGAGGAACUGGUUUGACCUCUGGUCAGAUGGACGUCUGGUCUUCUACGAUGACCAGCAGCGGCGGGACAUGGAAGACGAGAUCCACAUGAAGGUGGACUGCAUUAACAUCCGCAAUGCCAGCGCAUGUAGAGAGCUCGCGCCUCCUGAAGGCAAAAGCAAAGACUCCCUCCUGCAGAUCGUCUGCCGGGACGGUCGGGUCAUCAGCAUCUGCGCAGACAGUGCAGACGAUGCUUUGGCUUGGACCAUGGCACUUCAGGACGCCAGACUCAACGCUGUUGUGCCGCCUCCUCAGGUCGGUUUUGCCGAGGACGUCGUAGCAUCAGCUCCUCCACCCUAUUCUGAAUUAAACACAACUCCACAGGUUUUCUAUCCUGAUGGAUAUGGCGGUUAUGUUCCUCAUCCUCCACCUUAUGCCACACAGAUGGUCUAUUCUGCAGAUGGCCAGCAGUAUGCGGUUGCCUAUCCGUAUCAUUAUCAAGGCGGAUAUGCACCUGGCGUCAACCACGUCGUAGUUCAGGAGCGCCGGCGUGACGACACAGGUGACGUUGCUCUGGGGAUGCUGGCCGGUGCUGCGACGGGAUUGGCCCUCGGCUCCCUGUUUUCCGUAUUCUAAUGUGUUUUUGUGAACCCAGCCCAACCCCACCUGACCUACAGCACGGGAAACCCUUCCCAUGUUGUUUUAACUUUGCCUUUACACCUUGUAAUGCGCAGGUCUGAUAAUGUAGCCGGGCUGGGUGAAUACUCACUUACUUCUCCGUAUCUGUCUUUGUACCAAAGCUUGUGUACUUUUGAUUAGGCACCAACAAAUGUGUUUGCUUAGCAAAUUUAAUCUUUAGCAUACAAAGAUAUACACUAAAAUAUUGGCGUCUGGCCUUAAGAUAAGGAUAAUCAGUGAGGUUUAUAGAUCAGCAACUGUUUAGAAACACAAACUGAAUUGUUGAGUCUAAAAAUGGGUCGGUUUUAUACUAACGUUGCCCUGUGAAGAAAUGACACAGGCCUUGAUGAAAUGAAUGAUAGGCAAGCAGUUUUUCCUGUUAUUUCUAAUUAGAAAUGAAACAGUUUUCAGUGUCGUCUGCAGCUGCAAAGCCAAAAUUGUGCUGAAUUAGAUAUUUUGUGACCGUCUCGGUUAAAAGGAAUAGUUCUCGCAAAAAUAAAAAUUCAGUUGUAAUCUUGUAAAUCAGUUUUUUGUUUUUUUUUUGGCAUAAAAUAUUAAUUUUAUUGUAGGGCAAACAGGACACGGAAAAUUUUAUUGAAUAUCUUUAAAAUAUACAUAUAUUAAAAAAACAGACACACACACAGUCUGUUUCAUCAAUUAAAAAAAAAAGACAUGAAUAUAUAUACGAUUAAUAUCUAUGAAUAUUCAUGUCUGUUUUGUUUUUAUUUUCAAUUGAUGAAAAUAUAUAUAAAAUAAAUAAAAUAUCAGUUGUUAUUGUAUGGCCUGAACAUUUUGUUAAAUAUCUUUAAAAAUCACAUGAUUUCAAGAAGUUUGAGGAUGAUUAAAUAAUGACAGAAUUUAAAUUUUUGUGCGAAAUAUUCAUUUAAAUCUAAUUUGACCAGAAACCCAUAAUAAUACUGAUGAAGUUGAUGAUACGUUUAAUACUGUGACGUGAUUGUGAUGUAAUUCAGGAAAGAGUAAAUCUACCGCUCCUUUUCUAAUAGUUUUUUCCUUUCUUUGCCUUUGUUUUUUUUGUGGCGGCCUUCAUUUAACUCAUUUUAUUGUUUAUUUAUACUCAGUGUUAUCAAGUGUGUAUUUUUCCCUUUUUUGUGGAGACUUUACACUUUAUUUAUGUGAUUGAUUUUGUCUUGAUCUCUAAUUUUGUGUUGUUGUUUUUUCCUCUUGAGAGUUAAUAGAAAAUGUAAAACAUUAUUCACAAUGUUUGUGACGGGAUGCGAUGAGGGAGACUUCAGGGAAAACUCGGAUCGUCGUGAUCGGUUAGAUUUACACAACUAUGUAACGAUUUAUUCUUUACUGUACUUUGACUUUGUUGUGUUUACAUAACAGGUAUAAUCAUGAGUAUAUAAGUGAUAAUAAUCAUAAUCGUUUAAUGCAUACAAGAUGUAUCAGUGGAUUUCAGGUCAUGGUUUAGUUGAACUCGGGUCCUUUUGUUUGUGACCGAGUGUAAUGGACCAGUGAUUCUGAAAAAUCAUCUGACACCAUACUUGAUGCUAAUGUCUGUUUUUUCUUAAUUGCUUUGCUGUUUGAACCUUAAAAAAAACUUUACAUGUUAAUAUAUACCCACAAAACCAUCAGUAUGUUAUUUAUAAACUAUUAAAAUAAGAUGUCUUGUGA